UUUGUGUUCCUGCUGCUCUGUUUUGACAUCUUACUCUCCCUGUUCCCGAGUUUCUCCCUUUCUUGAGAGACACACUGCCACCUGCAGUCAUGUCGAGCACAGAGACAGCUCCCGGGAUAAUCCUAACACUUGCUGCCUUCAUUGGAAUGUCGAGUCCCUGGCUGGUGCAAGUGCCCAGGGGCCCUCUGCACAGGAUCGAGGGGACCCACGUUAUCAUCCCCUGCAACGCGACCUCUGACCAGAGCGGUGGUGAGCGGGACUUUUGGUGGUCGGUCUUCAAGCCUGAAGCAGCCAUUGCCUCGAUCGGAUUGAUCAGCACGCGGGACCCAAAAUACCCCGACCCCACCUAUGGGCCCCGCGUCGGGGCAAGAGAGAUCUACCUCUACAAGCCCUCCCCUGUCUCCGUGGAGCUGCACCUCACCCACCUACAGAAGGACGAUGCGGGAGAGUACGAGUGUAAGACGGACACGAUGGCCAGGGUGUACCCGGCCUCAAAGAGUGCCAGGGUUGAGCUGAAAGUCCUCGCCGAUACCCUGCAGCUGUCCGGACCCUCAGGUGAGCCCCCCAGCCUGGCCCUACACGAAGGUGAGACCCUCGCCCUCCAGUGCCGUGCUGCGACCCUUACGCUGCUGCACACCCACCUCUCGGUCACCUUCAGCCUGAACCGGAGCAGCACCGGGGAGCGGGAGAUGGUCAUUGGGAUCGGCCGGGACCUGACGGUGGAGGGCAAGGAACAGGGGGCCUAUUGGUCCCGAUACGCCCGGGGUCAGAUCAGGGUCGAGAAGGUCAGAGGUGACAGCUACCACCUGAGGGUUGACCAGGUGAAGCCCCAGGAUGCAGGACGGUAUUACUGCGCGGCAGCAGAGUGGAUCCAGGACCCUGGCAUGAGCUGGAAGAAGAUUCUUGAACGGACAAUCCCUUUGGCAGAUGUGUCCAUCUUGGAAAAUGACGUGACGCUGGGCGCCGUGGCCUCGGUGGCCCCGGCCACCUUCUACCGGGGCGACACCGUCGACCUUCACUGCAACGUCAGCCUGGGGACCAGGCCGGACGGGCCGGAGCUGAGCCUGGCCGUGGGCUGGUGGUCCGAGCGGGAGGCUCCCCUGGCCCUGGUGGACCACCGGGGCGUCAGCCUGCCCGCCCGCCUGGCCGGCCGGACCCCGGCGGGCAGCUGGCUGGCCACCGACCGCCCCUCCCCCCUCUGCUUCCGCCUGCGCAUCCACCGGGCCCGGCCGGAGGACCAGGGGCCUUACCGCUGUCAGGUGACGCUCUGGGCCCGACGCCAGGGUCAGCGCUGGCACCGGGCGGCCUCGGCUCGGUCGGAGCCCGCCACCCUCUUCCUCUACCUGGCACCCUCCGACACGCUGCUGGUCCCCAUGGUGAUCGGAGUGGCCAUCUCCCUCCUCUUCAGCAUCACCAUCAUCGCCUCUGUGACCUGCUGCUUCCUCCGCAAACUGGCCAAACGCUAAAGGCCACGCCAGGCCGGGAUCUCCAGGGUCUCCCAUCGCUGGUGGAAGCCGCUGGAUGCGGGGGCGAGGGAGUGGGGG